AUGAAUACUCGUUCUCGAGUAAGAAAGAACUUGGAAAAUUUUUCACUUCCAUCUGAUCCGGAAGAUUCAGAAGGAGACAUUGAGUCUGAGGAAGAAGAAAGAUAUGAUCUUUCAGAUUCUGACGAUGACGCGAAUAGCGUAGACCAAGACAGCGAUGAUACAGAUUGCAGUGAUUCUGAAAAUCCACACAAUACUGAAAAUGGAAAAUGGGUGGCAGACCGUUGGAAUUGUAGGGAUAAUUUGAAUUUUGAAAAGGACCCAACAAUUUUAGUACAAAUGGGGAAAAAAGUCAAAGAAUCCGAUUUCUUUGAUUUGUUUUUCACCCAAGACAUUUUACAAAAAAUUGUUGAGGAAACCAAUAUGUAUUUUCAUCAAAAUAAAAAAAAAGAGUCAAAGUAUGCUUAUGAGUUAUCGAUUGAUGAGCUACGUGCUUGGAUUGGUAUGUUGAUAUUGAUGGGAAUACAUCGUUUACCUCAACAGAAAAAUUUUUGGAGCACAGAUCCAGCACUUAGAGUUGAUUUUAUUGCCAAUAUAAUGACUCGUGAUCGAUUUAGUAAAAUAGCUGAAAUUCUUCACUUGAAUGACAACAACAAAGUUCUUGAAAAAAGUGAUCCGAAUUAUGACAGGUUGUUCAAAGUAAGACCGCUUGUUGAUCAUUUGAACAAAAAGGCUCAGGAAAUUUACUCUCCUUCUAAAGUACUAGCUGUUGAUGAAUCUAUGAUAAAAUUCAAGGGUCGAUCAUCUCUCAAGCAGUACAUGCCAAUGAAGCCAAUAAAAAGGGGAUAUAAGGUCUGGUGUUUGGCUGACUCACAAUCUUCGUACAUUUUGAAGUUUGAAAUUUACACUGGAAAAUCCACAGAUUCACAGAAGAGCCAAGAAACUCUUGGUGAACGAGUUGUUACGAAUCUUACUAAGGAUUUGCGUGGAAGCAAAUCAUUAGUAGCAUUCGACAACUUCUUUACUUCUGUGGAUCUAGUAACUUCACUUCUUCAAAAUCAAAUAUUUUCAGUAGGCACUGUUCGGGUAAAUCGAAAAGGCUUACCAGAGAUUAUGAAGAACAAAAAAAACUGA